UAACCUUGAAACAAAAGCCUCCCAUUUGUUGUCUUUUGCAGUAAAAGCAAAGAAACUUUAACCCCAAACCUACCAAUCAUCAAAAUGAACCCUAGCUCUCUCUUUUCAUCAAUAUCCAUCCCUUCUCCAUCCCCAUGGAAACUCAAACUCAAACCCAAACCCUUGCUCUUUCUCUUAACCCCAUUGCCAAAGAUUACAGUUCAAAUGUGGAUUCUUCCCGCCCUUUUCGCUCGGUCAAAGAAGCCGUCGCCGUCUUCGGCGAGCGGUUUCUCGUCCGAGAAAUAUAUUCUUCCAAGCCCUUGUCUUUCAGCCCUCCUACCAAGCAUGAGAUAAUUACGCAGUGGAAAUAUUCGUCCAGUCCUCAAAACCCUAGGGAAAUGAUUGACGAUGAAAAGAGUGGAGAGAAUAACGAUAAAGUAUUAUUGGAUACGUUGAAGAAGCUUGAAGCGGAGCUGGAAGAAACUAAGACGGAGCUGCAGUUACUGAAGAAGAGAGAGGCGGAAACUGAAGUUGCGUUGGCUAAUUUGAACGCUGAACUUCAUAAGAACAUGUCGAAGCUGGCGGAGGAGGAAGCCGAUGCGGCGAAGAAGGCGAUAGAAAGUCAUGGAAGAAGAGAAGAUCGGGAGAGGAAGAGAGAUUUGGUGAGAAAGAAAGAGAAUUCGUUAACUUUGUCUCAGAUUUUGUGCGCUGGAGAGAAGGAUGUGGAAGCUGAAUCAGUUGGGUAUUUUAAAAGAUCGGAGAUAAAGAAGAAGCCAAUUGUUCCUCUUGUUACAGAUUUGUUCUUCAAGAAAAAGGGGUCCCCGAACAAUUCUACAAUUCUUCAUAGUACUAUCUAUGCGUCUCCUAACAUGUACUUCAAUUGAUAAACUGGGAUUAUUGUUUUCUUGGCUGCCAAACAAUCCUUCUUGAAAGGAAAAGAAAAUUAGGGCAAAUCGCUGUUGAUCAUUUGUGUGUUUCCUUGAUUCAAAUGAAUGUAACAUAAAAGUCUAUUUUUCUCUUUUAAUU